GGUUAGUGGAAGGGGAUGGGGAAGUGGCUUGGAAUUAAGCCCUGGGUGUUGUCCGUCAAGGUUUCUCUUUUGCUCUCGUGUCCCACGCAGAGUCGCAGCGAGUCUCACCCGGGCCUUGUUCCUCGUUCCUCCUCGUAUCCCUGCUGUUGCGAGUGUUGCGAGGUCAGGCAGCUCACCAUGGUGCGCAUCAGCGUCCUCAAUGAUGCUCUCAAAAAUAUGUUCAACGCGGAGAAGCGCGGCAAACGGCAGGUCCUCAUCCGGCCCUCCUCCAAGGUUGUGAUCAAGUUUCUUUCCGUCAUGCAGAAGCACGGCUACAUUGGAGAGUUUGAACUUGUGGAUGACCACAGGGCAGGGAAAAUUGUGGUGGAGCUGAACGGCAGGUUGAACAAGUGUGGUGUGAUCAGUCCCCGUUACAAUGUAGGAGUUGGCGAGCUUGAAGCGUGGACUGCUCGUCUUCUCCCUUCUCGUCAGUUUGGAUACAUUGUUUUGACAACAUCUGCUGGAAUUAUGGACCACGACGAGGCCAGGAGAAAGAACGUAGGAGGAAAGGUUCUUGGUUUCUUUUACUGAUAGGCUGGGUCGGUUAUCCCAAAUUUCCUGCCCGUGAGUGAGUUUGGACGAAGUGUGCCGACUGCCUGUUCUAAUCAGGGUGCUGCGAAUGAUGUAGCUUCGGAUUCGCAGACAAGCAUAAUUUUGAUAGUCAUUUCGUCUCAAGCUUAAUACACGCCUCUUUCAGUUUUUCGUUGAAAA